UGGUUUGCAGCAUCUAUCAUCGAGUUUAGUGUCAUCUUUUUGCUGAACGCUUUUACACUCGCCAUCUACACAAGAAACCGUCACUUACGCAAGCCCAGUACGUACCUGAUUAUAAAUCUGACUGUGGCAGAUUUAAUGGUGGGAACAGUGUUUGUACUUUUAUCAUUUUUCGUACCAGAUAAACCGGAGAGGGACGUGAGUAGUGAUGGAGGCUACAGUAGGGCCCAACCAAUCAAAGCGCAGCAACUUUUUUCUCGACCAAUCAGAAUCCAGCAUAGAGCCCACGUGACCAUGAUGACGUUGCCAUGCCCAUAUUUGGGCAUCAAAGUCACGUGACCCCAUAAGAAAAAGAACACCACAUACUUGGCAUAGUUUUAUGGACCGCGCGAAGCCUAGUGACAAGUGGGACGCAUGCACAAUUCAACCCCAGGCGUUUCCCCUGCGCAGUCACGUGAAUGGGAUCGUAGGCACAUGCGCAGACCACCCAACGACUCCCCAGGUCCCCCGCAUGCAUAGGAGCCUAUGUCCGCCUAGACCUACUACGCAUGCGCAAACACUCAAAAUAAGCCCCAGUCCCCUCGCAUCCCCAGAAGUCAAUAAAAAACACACUGUAUAGUGGUCCACAUCAUUUAAUACAAAAAACAAGUCUCGACAAUACCCUAAGUUACAUCCGGGACGUGUGUGACGUCCUAAUGACGUCACGCCCAUUGUUUUACAUGAAAUACGCAUUACGAAGAAAGGGUGUUUGCUUCCUGGCUGAAGGAGUCAUGAGCAAUGGAUUAGGCCAUGGAAUAUAAUGGUGGAAUCNAGUGUCAUCUUUUUGCUGAACGCUUUUACACUCGCCAUCUACACAAGAAACCGUCACUUACGCAAGCCCAGUACGUACCUGAUUAUAAAUCUGACUGUGGCAGAUUUAAUGGUGGGAACAGUGUUUGUACUUUUAUCAUUUUUCGUACCAGAUAAACCGGAGAGGGACGUGAGUAGUGAUGGAGGCUACAGUAGGGCCCAACCAAUCAAAGCGCAGCAACUUUUUUCUCGACCAAUCAGAAUCCAGCAUAGAGCCCACGUGACCAUGAUGACGUUGCCAUGCCCAUAUUUGGGCAUCAAAGUCACGUGACCCCAUAAGAAAAAGAACACCACAUACUUGGCAUAGUUUUAUGGACCGCGCGAAGCCUAGUGACAAGUGGGACGCAUGCACAAUUCAACCCCAGGCGUUUCCCCUGCGCAGUCACGUGAAUGGGAUCGUAGGCACAUGCGCAGACCACCCAACGACUCCCCAGGUCCCCCGCAUGCAUAGGAGCCUAUGUCCGCCUAGACCUACUACGCAUGCGCAAACACUCAAAAUAAGCCCCAGUCCCCUCGCAUCCCCAGAAGUCAAUAAAAAACACACUGUAUAGUGGUCCACAUCAUUUAAUACAAAAAACAAGUCUCGACAAUACCCUAAGUUACAUCCGGGACGUGUGUGACGUCCUAAUGACGUCACGCCCAUUGUUUUACAUGAAAUACGCAUUACGAAGAAAGGGUGUUUGCUUCCUGGCUGAAGGAGUCAUGAGCAAUGGAUUAGGCCAUGGAAUAUAAUGGUGGAAUCCUAUCAAGGACCAAGGUUUAGAUAAAGGACGACGUAAAUCAAAACGGGUGGCUGAAAUGAAAGGAGGGGUGAUUAGAGCCAAGAAGCAAACUGAAUCAGAAACACUCGACCAUUGGCACGCACAAGGCGGUGUCUUACUGUCCAAUGAAUGACUAGAAAAACAAAAAAGACUUAAUUACAAAGUGGGACGUGUGUGACGCCCUCGUGGUGUCACGCCCGGGAAAGAUUGUACACAAAACAAUUCGAUUAAAAUCCAAUCUUGGUUAAAAUUAAAAUGUUGUAAGAUCCAAAGCGUUUCUAGGAAAAAAAAUUAACGUUUUAGUUUGAACAGAUAGAGUAAGCUGGACCAUCCUUGAUGAUUGACAAUACAAAGUUUAUGAGGAAUGGGCCAGCUUCGGAAAAUCAUGACAUCUUGUAAGACCCAAAAAGAAUCUAAAAAUAGAUUUUAAAAAAAAUAAUCAUGAACAUCCAGCAGGGGUGGCGCCACCAUGCAGACCUCCCCCUGCCGGGUGUUCAGAAUUCCCAAUCCAUGCUGUCCAUCAUGGCACAGCCCCGACAGGGUUCAUGGAGUUCNCCACCCAACGACUCCCCAGGUCCCCCGCAUGCAUAGGAGCCUAUGUCCGCCUAGACCUACUACGCAUGCGCAAACACUCAAAAUAAGCCCCAGUCCCCUCGCAUCCCCAGAAGUCAAUAAAAAACACACUGUAUAGUGGUCCACAUCAUUUAAUACAAAAAACAAGUCUCGACAAUACCCUAAGUUACAUCCGGGACGUGUGUGACGUCCUAAUGACGUCACGCCCAUUGUUUUACAUGAAAUACGCAUUACGAAGAAAGGGUGUUUGCUUCCUGGCUGAAGGAGUCAUGAGCAAUGGAUUAGGCCAUGGAAUAUAAUGGUGGAAUCCUAUCAAGGACCAAGGUUUAGAUAAAGGACGACGUAAAUCAAAACGGGUGGCUGAAAUGAAAGGAGGGGUGAUUAGAGCCAAGAAGCAAACUGAAUCAGAAACACUCGACCAUUGGCACGCACAAGGCGGUGUCUUACUGUCCAAUGAAUGACUAGAAAAACAAAAAAGACUUAAUUACAAAGUGGGACGUGUGUGACGCCCUCGUGGUGUCACGCCCGGGAAAGAUUGUACACAAAACAAUUCGAUUAAAAUCCAAUCUUGGUUAAAAUUAAAAUGUUGUAAGAUCCAAAGCGUUUCUAGGAAAAAAAAUUAACGUUUUAGUUUGAACAGAUAGAGUAAGCUGGACCAUCCUUGAUGAUUGACAAUACAAAGUUUAUGAGGAAUGGGCCAGCUUCGGAAAAUCAUGACAUCUUGUAAGACCCAAAAAGAAUCUAAAAAUAGAUUUUAAAAAAAAUAAUCAUGAACAUCCAGCAGGGGUGGCGCCACCAUGCAGACCUCCCCCUGCCGGGUGUUCAGAAUUCCCAAUCCAUGCUGUCCAUCAUGGCACAGCCCCGACAGGGUUCAUGGAGUUCGGACACGUGCCGUAAAUAGAUCCAGCACCGUUUACACACAAAAUACAAUCGCCCCGUCAAAUUUUGGAGGGACCUUGAAUGUUGGUCCAUCACCUGGGCAAUGGCUGAAAAAGGAAAGGGAGAUAAAUAGCUCGCAUGACAAAAUGAGAAUCUGAAAAAAAUAAAAAACAUGUUUUUAAGGAUGGGGUGGGUAGCCCAUGCCUUGCAAUAUCUCGCACCAAUAACAGGGCACGUGUAAGUCGCCGGCAAAACGAAAAUUCAAAUAACAACGACAACAGAGUAAUUUAAUGGGUCUCGGAAAUGGAAGAUGAACCCCCGAUCCAGUAUACCACUGCACGAUGCUGCCGAGAAAACAACAUGCAGCGGAGGUACCAUGAACCCGGUGGGUACUGAGAAUGGUAUGCGAAUCUACAAAAGAAAUUAAUAAUAAUGCUGUAAGGCCAUGAGUAAGUAAUUGAUAUCGUCUCGGAGCCGGUGGUUGUUCUUGAGGAAGAAAUGCGUGCCUAGAAAGCAGUGUGAUUGCAGAAUUUAAUGAAAUAUAGAACACUAUGAAUAUGGUAUCGUUGUUGCAAGGCAAGGAUCCACCCCCAUUGGUCCAUAGUAGAAAUCACAUCUGAAACGUUUCAUGAAGACUAAUUACACAUCGAACAGUACUAUAAUGACAACGCAAUUGCACGGGUCUAAUCCAUCCUCCAUACUGUUUCAACGUAUAAUGAAAGCCUACAAAGAGGUGGAAAGUCGAAUCAAGACGGGAAUACUGGUACGAAAGAAACCGGAGUGUAAAGGGCGGAUCCAUUGCGUAUGAUGACGCAACAAACAAUGCGUGGCUGUAAAAAAAAAAAAUUUAAACUAAAAUUAAUCCUCCUCUAAAAAACCUAGGGCAACCAAAUCCGGUUCGCCCACAGGACCCUGGCGCCGGAGAAACGAAUUAAUACGGAAGGUCAUCCGUAGAGGCCAAUCGUCCCAGUCCCGAUGGUUGGGGUCCCCACUCUGCACAAACUCGACAAUAUCAUCUUCGGUGAGGGACCCCUCCCUAUUGCCUGCAAUCACAUCAUCUAAUGUUAAUCCAUCCAUCAUGCGUUCGCAAUGGUUGCAAACCCCGCCAGGGGUGGGAUGGGCGACCCACUGAUAAAUAUAACAGACAGGCUGAUUCUCCACAUGGUCCCAAGAAUCUAAUAAAAAAAUGAAAAUCAACACGAACAGGUUGGGACCCAGAACCGCGCGGCCCAAUUGAGUCGAGCUCGUCGAGGGCAAAGACACAGGUAGACAGGCCACAGCACAGUGCGUAGAAACUCAAUCCCCGGGAACACGUCUAGGAAUCAAAAAAGGGAAAUGAGGGAAAAAAGGGACCCACACCCGAAAAAAAAGGAAAGCCAUGAGACUUACCAGCCAUGCGGCGGCGAUGGACCUCAUGAUCCAGUUUCCGGGCAACGGGGUGGUCCCAAGGCAGUGUCUUGGCCCAAUCUCGCAGUUCCUCGUGGGUGCAGCGUCUAAACAUAGCGCGCAGGCAUACCUUUCCCAUCGGGAGGCGGUCCAACAACUUCAACAUGUCGAACAGAACAGCAAUCGGCACCGAGUACAAUACAAUGGACUGGAGCGAACUCACCAUCUUGACCAGAUUAACUGAACAAACUGGAAUGAACCCACACGGGGCGCGCAACGUGAUUUAGAGACUCCACGAGCGAAUCGGAUUGGUGGAGAGCCAUCACGUGGGGAUAGUAUGAACGAGAGGAGACUCUAGGGGGUACCCCCCAUGGGUACACCUUAUCCUCCCUGGACCAGGGGGUCUAGCGCGAGUGGGUGAUUGGUGGAGACCUGAGGAUAAACAAGGAGAACACCACGGUGAGAGGUCAGUUGCCUGAGUUUUGCGCUGUCAAAAUGGACUACCGAGGGUUAGUCGAACCUAACAACAAACCAUUUGGCCGCGUGUUGCCCUUGGAGGUCCAGGUCAAGAUCAUGUUUUGGGUCCAUUGUUUCUAUACUAUGGAUAAGCGAAAGAAGGUGGUGCGUGAAUUCAAAGGUCUACCCAAAUGCGACAUCACAGGCUUCCCACAACAUCUGGGCGAAGAUCGUUGGUGGAACCAAGUGGUGGUGCGAUUGCACGCCCCCAGAAAAAAUGGCUGCCACCACUGCCACCGUCUCAUGGAUCAUCGAUUAUCGGUAAGGGAAAAGUGUGUUGGUUGGUUUUUUGGUUUUGUUGGGUGGACUGAAUGGUCUUUUAUGUCUGGAUUUCAGAUUGGCAUGAUGGUGGAGAUGGCACGUCAACCUCCCAAUCUCGACCACCUGUUGAACGAGGGCAUUGCCUUUAUCAUUGAUACCUUCAAGCAUCAGAUCCCCCAAUGUCCCCUUGGACAACGCCCUGUCAUGAUAGGGAGAAGGAAACCUUCGUACGAUACAGUGGAUAAAGUCAUGAGACGCUUGGACUUGAUUAUGAAUGUCAUGUCAGCCAUGAAUUUUAUUGUCAUUGAUAUUCAUUAAAAAACAAAUGAUAUAGUCUGAACCGUGUUGUCUGUUAAAUGUUCAUGGUCGUUUAAAUAAAGCUUCCAGGGUGGGAUAGAUCGCUGAAUCUUCUUCCCGUGUGCCUACAAUAGCGGUCUUGUCCUGGAGGGUGGGUAGGACAUUGUAGUCCUCGGUCAUGCCUUCACAGGGUUGAUAUUGACCUAGGGUGGGAUUCCACCAUAACCAUUCUUCUCGAUCCACAUCAAAGACAUAGAGGGGUUUGCCUAAGAGCUGGGCCAUGACCACACUCCAGCCUGUUCCGCCCAAUAGAUGCUUGCGCAUCCCGUCAAAAUAGCCCACGGCCAAGACUAAGGACGCGGGCUGGAUCACGUGAACAUUCCGCUGGAUAUACCGGAGACUGAUUGGAUGAUGCACUUGUCGACCCAAUCGAAACGCGGCCUGGGUCACGGUGGGGGUGGCGGCAUCCAACUCGGACUGCGUCAAGGGCGCGAGGGACUUGGCUCGAGGGUGACAGGGUGGGAUGACGACCACACACGCAUGACCAUACAACUGACAUAAUCGUUCCACAUGCGUGUCCACGCCUUUAGCGCCGCCCGUGUAAAUAGUCAAUGGCAUGGUCUGUCGAAAAAAUUAAAAACAGUGUUUAGGGUGGAGUCCACGCCCAUAGGGUGUGCGGUUCAUCAUCAGCGUACAGCAUGGGGGUUUGCCAUUCCCGACACGUGACCGUUUGUUCGAAAAUACGACGGGCAUGGCGACAGUUGGAGCAAUUAUCGGGAAUCCAAUCCAGGCCUUGCCCUUGAGCGAACGCCUUGUCUUUGUCGUCCUUACAAGGGUUGCAUAAGAUCACAUCCAACAGACGAUCGCAUCGUUUUUGCCACAAGACGCGUUGGGCAUUGACUUGGUACAGGGUGGGUAAGACAUGGGAGUGGCGACGUAACCAUCCACUCAUUUGACAAGCCCGGACGUGCGCGCAAUGAUCGUGCCAGACCCCACUCUCACGGGCUCCGUCGGUAUGGUCCAUGCACCAAUUACGCCCCUGAUCGUUCGUGGCCAUCACAUUGACGGUGGCAAUGGGAAGAGAGGCCAAGUCCCCACACCCCUGCCCUUCCAAGACCACGAGGGGGUACGACAUCUCUUGGAACCAUCGAUACAGACCAUUGAGUGUCAACACCUUGAGUCGAUUCCGUUGGGGGGUAAGGUACCGUUGACACCAACGGGUGAGAUCAUCCUUGAUCUGAUGGUAGGGAUGAAACUCCUGGCGGUUAUACACCGUAGACGGUUCAAAAGGCAACCCAUGCACUGUCUGGGUCUGACGAUCGACACGCCUCUUGGCCUUCUCGGAUAAUUGAUCGUAUGACACACCCUGCGGUAACAAGUAUUUGAACAACACAUGAUGAUGCCCUGUCCAAUCACACAAAGCCAGUUCUCGAAUAAUAUACUCGUCUCGGGAAAGGGCAAACCCCUGACUGAACACCAAGAGACCCACGUCGUUCAACGUCAUGUUCGCUUACCGUCAAGAAGAGAGGACCGCGACGAAUGAGACAGCCUUCGACCCACGACUGGCUUUAUAAUGGAACCCAUGGGCUCUGAUUGGCGGAGCCUCCGAUCACACCACUCUCACGAGUGUCAAAGGCUGAGCCAGGAUUGGUGGACACAAGAUCGUAUGAGGAUCACGAGAUGCAGGGACAUGGGCUAUAAAAGGCAGACCAGACAUGCACCCAACGUCAUUCCGCCCAGACAUGGAACGUCAAGCCACUCAACCUGCUGCGGUACCCACAGGACGCAAACGACGCCGAGUGAGUAGUAGUAGUAAGAAACCCAAGGGGGAAAAAGAAGACAUGAAAGCCACCCGUGAACGCGAGAUGACUUUGAUCGGGUUGCCCCGAGCUGAAGCGGAGGCCUAUCAAGCGCAGGCUGUAGUGAAGAAAGUAGAACCGACCCCCACCAGUGAACUCGUGUUGGCCCUGAACGCCCUACCCCGAGCAGACCCACCACCCACACCUUCCCCCAUCGUCUCACCCGUCCCCUCCGUGAACGAUUUGAUGGAGGGCACCCUAAAAGAUUAUGAGGAAGAGUGUCUAGAGGAAGGGACGUAUCAGACCGAUCCUGCCCAGGAAGACCAGGACCUCGAUCAGAUGGACACCCAGUUGAACGAGCUCUUGUAUGAAACGUGCCCCUUUCAUCCGUGUGAAUACAUCUAUUGCGUCAACCCCCAGACCCAAUUUGGCCAGUUGAGAUUCAAGUGCCCCCAAAAAGGAUGUCCUGUGUAUUUGUUUGAAGAUAGUCGGGAAGUGAUGAUGGAGAAAUUGAAAGAAGACACACACCCUCAAGUCCGUGCCCGAGUGCAACGAGGGGAGCUCAAGUGCAAAUGUGGGUUGGUCCCUAGGAUGAAAUUGAGCCGGACCAGCAAGAAUUACCAGAAAGUGUUUUUUAGUUGUGGGAGCUUUCUCCCAGGCCAAGACCCCUGUGGCUACUUUCAAUGGCUCCAUGGCCCGCUGUGGUGCCCCCGAGAGCCAACGCAACCCACCCUGAGACGAUGGGUGAGAGACACACCCCCUGAAGUCCAUGACCAUGAGAAGGCGUCCGUAAGACCAUGGGGCAUUCCUGCAGUCCCUCUUUUGAAAGGAAAAGGUCAUGAGAUGGAGACAUCCCCACCCUGGGAGAUGAACUUGGUGGAGAGGCAUAGGCCGUGGGCCAAUCAGUUUAAGGAAGCCGCCCAAGCUCAGGAGCGAGAGUAUGAGAGAAGGCGCCAUUUGCAUAAGAACUUUGGUAGCAUGUGUUUGUUUUGAAAAAAAUCAUGUAGGUGUGUGAAAAAAACUAUUAAAGACAGAGAUUGGCUAGAAUGAGGUGUCAGUGUCUUGAUGUCGUUGCCACGCGCUUACGAAGAUCCCCAGCAACCCGGGGCUUUGGGCGGGGUCCAACCUUUUGCCCAAGCUCAUAAAUUGAAAACCCCGCAAGCGCAACGGAUUCUCCAAUCGGUGUUGAGUUAUACCCUCCACAAACCCCGACGGACGCGGUUUCCCACAGCGCCCACGUUGGUCUUUGACCGAGACGAACAAUGGCAGAUGGAUUUGGUCGACAUGCAAAAACUCCGUCGAUGGAAUCAAGGGAACAACUAUUUGUUGACGGUGAUCGACGUCCUGUCCAAGUAUGCCUGGGCCGUCCCCAUCAAAUCCAAAAGCAGCACGGACAUGCUCCGAGGGUUGGACAAGAUUCGUCGACAAGCCUCGCCGCGACGACCGCUCCGCGUGCAGACGGAUCAAGGCAAAGAAUUUUUAAAUAAAAAAGUGCAAGCCUGGUUCAAGCAACAGGGGUGGCAUCAUUUUUACACGUUUGGGGAUAGCAAGGCCUCCGUGGUGGAACGAUGGCAUCGCACGUUGAAACAACGCAUGUACCGGUAUUUCACCGCUCACAAUACGUUACGGUACGUGGACGUGUUACAACCCUUGAUUCAUACCUACAAUCACACCCAGCAUCGCAGUAUUGGGAUGGCCCCGCAUCAAGUCACCCCCAAAACGGUCCCGGAGGUGUGGGACCGACUCUACGGCGCGCGUUUGGAGCAAACGACCCCACCGCCCAAAUGUCGCGUCGGGGAUCGGGUGCGUCUCAAUAAGAAACAUCGUCCCUUCAAAAAAGGGUAUUUGCCCGGGUGGACGGAAGAAGUGUUUGUGGUCACGCACGUUCGUCGUCAUCCGAUCGUCACGUAUCGACUCAGUGAAUGGGACGGCACGCCUAUAAAAGGCACGUUUUACGAACCCGAUGUUCAAAAAGUGCAAGUGUCGGACGACUCGUUAUUUCGGGUCGAAAAAGUGUUGAAACGCCAAGGACGCCGGGUGUUGGUCCGGUGGAAAGGGUGGCCGGCCAAGUACGAUAGUUGGAUUCCCGCGCACCAUGGUCCGCGUCAAAAUCACGCCUCGAAAAAGAAAAAAGCGGGUGCGGUUUCUCGAUGAGGUGCAGGCGGAUUCCAGCCGACCGCGCGCCAGUUACACCCCCACGCCCACCAGCGACGCCGACGUACUGACAUUCAUUCAGAAGAAAGCAGCCGAACAACGGCAAACCCAACCGUGGUGGGACAAGUUGGCCAGUCCGACCAAGCAGCAAUGAGCGUACGCCAAUGCUUACCAUCGAGCCGAAGCGUAUGCCAAGAAACGAGGGGCCUUGCGGUCCCCCUCCAAGAAAAAACAACAACGCCGACGCGCGGGUCGUCAUCCCCCGAUGCGCAAGAAGAAAUCCCCCAAACCCAAGACGUGUAUGACCCUGAUGGAAUUGGCCCGGGCCUUUCCCAACAUUGCCCAGCAAGUGUGUUUUCAUCCCAGACAAUCGACCUUCAAUUCCGUGGUAGGACACGUCCCUCGCAGCAAACAGAAAGUGGCCCAAUGGCUAUAAAAGGACCCUGCCCCUGGUCAGAGGGGACCACUCCUCUUCAGGAUGAACGAGAUUAAACGCCUGACGCUGGUCAGCGAUCCCACCGACGAGUUUCCCAACAAUGCCAAUAACAGUUUCAAGGUGCGAUUGCCCGAACGGCUGGUGUUACCGGGCGCGGGGUGGCAUGCCUCCUUGAUGUCGCUGACCGUCCCGGAUCAAGGCCAGAGCAAUGCCGUCGUCGCCACGGAUCCUCAUACCCAAGUCGUCAAAUUUAGCGUGACGUACUUGACGCGCAAAUAUGUGACGGGCUUAUACCGUUUUGUGAGUUUUAAAACCAAGGAGUAUGUGGUGGAAUUGGAAGAUAUCAUGAGUGCCCAACAUUCUGUGACCACUGGCAAUGAGUUUUGGCAACGAGUGAUGCAAGAAGUGCACAACACGACCAUGCAGAAACUCAUGUACGAACAAGAUUAUGCCAAGACCUAUGAUGGAGAUGAAAAACCUAUAGUCAGCUUGAAAAAGAAUUGGAUGCCCAUGAUGACCUGGAAAGACAAUGCUUUGAUUUUGCAUGCUGUGCCUAAAAUAGAGUUGCUCAACAGCAACAAGACCAAAGCCACGAGCGCCUUUUCCCUGGAUCUAGGGGUAGCGAAAAAGUUUGGCUUCAUCGAAAAACCCGAAGGUUGGGCAGAUUAUAGAUUGGGUCCCAAUAUCCAAUUUACCUGCCCUACAGUGACCUACACUAACCAGACUCAGCCAGACAAUAGCGACCCCGCUCCUCGCGCGGACUACAAGUGGAAUGGAGAGCAUUAUAUCGGGACGCAACCGUCUGAUUUGAGCGAUGAGGUGAUGGAUAUCAUGUAUGUAGUAAAAAAUAAGAGGCUUUGUCUGUCCAGGAUGGUGGAAUGGCAGUUUAAUAAUCUCAAUGCCUCGUUUGAAAAAGCGGUGGGGACCCGCAAACGCACCGUCAUGGUCUAUUCGGAUCUAGUCGAAUCCACUGUGGUGGGCAGUGGCAAGUUUCCCCUGUUACGGGAAGUGCAAUUGCUGAGAACCGGCGAUGGGGAAAGCACGGCGGAACCCCUGCACCAUCAAUGGAUCAAAGUGCGAGGACAACAAUUGGAUAUUUUGGAAGUGGAGAUUGCCAGUACCAGUGGACCCCUGGCCAUUUUACCCCCGGGCAAAACCUUGGUGACCAUCGGUCUCAAACAGCUAUAAAAAGCCAUUCACGCCACGCGAGGAUCCAAACAGCACCUCGACGUGAACCGACCCAAUGCGCGGAGGCAGUUUAACGCGGUACCACACGCCCGUGGUCACCUCACAAGAGGGGAAAGGGUUAGCCGAAGACUUGAUCAAACUGGCGGGACCCAUGGUCCUACAACAAGCUCAAGCGGGACUACGAGAUAUUCAACGAGGCAAGAGUGCCGCGGAGACGUGGGCGGAUCGACGUGGGCAACUCACCCGUGGGUUGAAACGGAAAGCCCUCGCCACGGUGUGGGCGGGUGGCAAACACCAAGCCAAAAAAACCUAUAAAAGACAACGUAUACGGGACAUCUUUGGACGUUAAACAUGGUACGCGUGGGUGGUUUUCUCAAAACGCAAAAUCGCAUUCGACGGCAACGUGCCCGUGGACGGUUCAUCUCGCCGUACCAAGUCGGGGGCACGAUCUUUGGCAAGUCGACGACGGCGCGCUAUCCCUUGAUGCAUACUUCCUCCCGCUUGACGGACCCCCUCGCCAUGGAGAAGAGGAUGGUUCGAUAUGCGCGCCAGAUGAAAGGGGGGGAUCUCAGAAAGGUGUUGUGGGCCAACCAAGCCAAAGCCAGGAGGCAACGGAUGAAAGGGGGCAACGUCUUCCGUCAGUUAAAAAAACGCCUCCACAUCGAUUUUCCUCAUCGCCCCUUUCCCGCCGCGCAUCCCAUUCAUGAUUGGUACAGACUGCGAAAAGGUAUAAAAAGAGGACGCCGUUGAACCCCAGGGACAGACCGCAUCAUGUCGCUCCAACUGUUUGACGUGCCCGAGGUGGAUUAUCGGUACGAAGCCUCUCGGGAGGUGGAAUUUCAACCCGCCUUGACGGGUAUCCAGCCCAUCACGUUCUCCAUCCCGGGUUCCGACGAUUAUUACGAUACCAAUUCCCUCCGAUUCAAAGUCAAAGUCCGUCUGACCGAUCCAGCGGCUGGGUAUACAGGCUUGGAUGCAGGGCUGCUCAUCUCCGAUGCCAACGAAUCGAGACAUGUGUACUGUGUCAACAAUUUUGGACACACCAUCUUUCGAGAUAUCACCCUGAGCAUGAAUGGGGUCCUCAUGACGGAACAGAGCAACACCUACCAUUACAGAGCCUACCUAGAAACCCUCCUGAACUACAACCGAGAAGAAGGUGCCACCAAGUUAGCCCCCCAAGGAUGGGUCAAUCAGCUGAAUGUGGUGAAUGUCAUGGGAGCCACCGCCGCCAAUUCGGAUGUCCCCACGGACGCCGAGUGGAGUGGCAAUACAGAAUUGCGUGCUUUGACGAGCAAAUUACUGGAAGAACAUUGGCACACCUUCCUCAUCCGCCCCCAUUUGCCACCCCUCAAGACAGGCAAAUUAUUGGUCCCCAAUGUCCAGAUGGACUUUGAACUCUUCCUCAACCCCAACACCGUCUACUUGCUAGGUACCCCCAACAAAGGCACCUUGGCGGUCAAGAAAAUUCCAGCCAUUCACCCAGAAGACAUCAAAGUCACCUUGCUGAUGAGAAAAGUGACCUUAUGCCAGUGUCUAUGUGAGACUGCAGAAAGAAAGACAGCUGGGCAAACAAAUUGCCCGCUACCCCGUGGUGCGGAGCGAAAUCCGUACUUUUUCCUUUGAUGGACGAACCACCCAAUGGGAACAAGAUAAUGUGUUUGUGGGUCGAUUUCCUGACCGAGUGAUGGUCGGGUUAUUGCAUUCGGAUGCCUUCAAUGGAAACCUACAACGCUACCCCUUUACCUUUGAAAAGUUUGGGGUCACCCAAAUACGUCAGACCUUGAAUGGAGAAGAAUACCCUUACAGAACCCUGCAACUGACUGGAGCAGAAGCCUAUGAUGAUCUCCUGGGGUACGAUCGAUUUCUGCAAGCCAUGGGUGCCUACAAUGAAGACAAGAUUCCCCUCCUGCUGCCUGGGGAUUGGGGACAAGGCAAGAACUGCACGUUGUUUCUGUUCAACAAUGUGCCCAGUGAAAAUGCCGAUGAUCCUCAGUAUCGCAACCCCCGUCAAUCGGGCAAUGUGCGACUGAUCAUUGAUUUUGCUGCUGCUGUGGGUCACAACAUCACUGUGUUGGUCUGGAGCGAGUAUGAAAACAUGUAUGAGAUCAAUCAUAUGGGAGGUAUAAAGUACAACAUCAACGGCUGAGAUGCAUUCAGAAGACAGAAGACACCGGGCAUGGAGUUUGUGGCGCUCAGUGAUAGGGUGCUGCGGACCCUGGCCCUAGAAGAUCCCACGUUGCGACGCGUGUUUCACGGGGUGUACCCCGCCGACCAGUUACCCCGUUCACCUCCCAAGAGUGUCCGUCAAGCCUACAUUGUCAACACGGAUCCAGCGGGAGAGCCGGGACAACAUUGGUUGGGCCUGUGGACGGAACAGAACAAGUGCGAGAUCUUUGACAGUUAUGGACUGCCCCUGCACGUGUACACCCACCCCGACCUGCACCAAUGGUGGAGUCAAUGGAAGCACCUGAUCCGCAGUGACCAGACGUUGCAAGCCCUGGAUAGUCAGACCUGUGGCCAUUAUGCGUUAUUUUUCCUGAAAGCCCGUGCUCAAGGCCAGUCGUAUCAAGACUUUUUGGGGCAAUGGAGUUGCGACAAUUUAGUGUUGAACGAUCAGAAAGUGGCCGAGCAGUUGAAACGGGUGAUUAAACAAGAAGUCCAAGAUGAAGUCGAUGCCCGCCCAGAGGAGGGAGGGCAAAAGAAUGUGAGCCGCCAGGCCUUUAUGCUUUGUAAUCCUUGUGAGUGUUGAAAUAAAAAAACACCAUAAAACGAGAUGUGCGGUGAACGAGUGGUCAUUUGAAAUCUCAUCAUGAUUACGCGAGGGGAUGUCCAGCGGGUGAUAGACGCCUUCGUGAUAGAAGAAACCUUGUAUUGGUGGUCCCACCCCAUUGAACGGGUGAACACCGUCCAAGGGGUGGAUGCCUGGGAUGGGUAUCAUUGGCUCAUAGCCCGCCAACUGGCGCAAGACCAAGAUUGGGUCGCUCUCAAACAGUACAUGGACGCCCUGAAAGAAACGCAUUUAAGAGAGACCAUGGAACAUUUGAUUCAAAACGAAUCGCCACGCCUCUACCGCGAGUAUUGGACAGCAUGCCCAGCCACAGACGACGACGACGACGGCAGCGCGCUUCCUCCCGACGACCCCGUUUUCGUCAAAACGGACGAGGCAUCAUGAGCGUGUUGGCCAAAGCGGCCAACAUCGGCUAUAAAUUGGGCCGUAGCAAACGGUAUAAACGCAUGGGCGCGAAAGGGGCCACGGGUCAUUACCGACGACUGCCUCGACCGUGGGAAGGAUGAUUCGACAGCCCAGUAGUGUGAUUAUCGCUGGCCCGUCGGGCAGUGGCAAGAGCGAGUUAGUGGAACAAUGGUUACGGGACCUCAACGUGUUUCAAGUCCCACCUAAGAAGAUCGUCUACGCGUACGACCGAUGGCAACCCCGGUUUGAUCGUAUGCAAAAGAAGGAGGGGAUUCAAUUUCAUCGCGGGUUACCGGACCCCCGUCAUUUAACCCAAUGGUUUGGCCGGACGCGUGGUGGAGUGUUGGUGUUGGACGAUUUGAUGGAAGAAGGGGGACAGGACAAACGCGUGUUGGAUUUGUUCACCAAAGAUUCUCAUCAUCGCAACAUCACCGUCUUGUAUUUGACGCAAGAUUUAUUCCCACCGGGUAAAUUUGCCAAGACCAUUAAUCGCAACGCGCAUUACAUUGUGGCCUUCAAGAAUCCCCGAGAUCAAACGGGUAUACGGACCAUUUUACUGCAAGCCUUUCCCGACCGAUGGCGUCAAGUCUUGCGCCUAUUUAAACGCAUCACGUCCCGUCCCUUUGGCUAUUUGAUGUUGGAUGUGCAUCCGAUGUCGGAUGAUCGGUACCGCUUGUGGAGUCAUUUAACGCGCCGAGAAGGCAAGGCGCAAGUCCAUACCCUGCCCGUGGAUGUCCCUGCCGUUCGAAAACGAACUGCAACGAGAACUCGCCAGGGUCCGUCGGCAAAGAGAAGGCGGACAACAUACUGACUUAUCGGUCCGCAUGGACACGCCGACCUUCUCGUCCGCCGGCGUGGGGUCACCCACCACCCCUCCCCCAGAUCUCAGUACCAUGACGGACAUGGUCGCGGCACUGACCCAACCCGUGGAUCGAGCCCAAUUGGAUCAAGAGAUUGAGGAUUUUAACUUGACCUACCCGGUCAAUGUAGAUGAUGCCCUGAAUGCCUUUACCUUACCCCCCGUGGCAGGUACAGGCACUACCACCACGGCACCGCCCCCACGACCCACGAUCACCACGGCUCCUACCACCAGCUCUAGACGACCCAGACCACGCCCUGUCACCACCGCUACGACCACCACGGCUCCCUCCCGCCCCUCCACUUCCCGACGCAGUGCUGGAGCCGGCACCAGGACCACCACGUCCACGGUGACGACCCCGACGGGUCGUCCCACCAUCGCCGCCAAACAACCGCGACGACGUCCCCGCGUACCCUCUCCACCGUCCCCUGAUUCCUCCCCUCCGUCGGAGGAUGAAGAUGAAGAUGAUGAUGACGAGGAUCGACGACGAGGCUUAAGGCGACGGUUGGAUUUGUAGAACGAAGAUGCGCAAGAACGGGCGCGAGGGAGACGCAUUCGCAAUAUCACGCAUACCAAUACCGUCACCACCGUGUAUGAAGAGGGAGGCCGACCGUCGGUACGCCGCACGUCGACGCGAACGUCCAGCCCAAGUCCACCCCCUGCACCACCCCGCCGAGGCCGUAGCCGUGGCCGUGGCCGAGCCCGUGGACGGGGUCGACGCUCGUGAACAAAAAAGAUAUAAAACCAGGGGUCCUUCCUUCGACCGUCCCAAAACCAUGUGUGGCCGAUGUCGAAGCGGAAUGGCCCCUCGACGCAAACGCAAACGCACCACGACCCGACGUCGCCGAUCCCCCGCCAAACGACGACGGGGUCAAGUAGGGGGUGUCGGGCCCGGCCUGCCUCUCGGGAUUCUCAAAGCUGGCUAUGGGAUCACCAAAGCCAUUGGGGAUCAUCAAACCAAGCGUGCCAUCGCUAUUGGCGAAAAACGCCGACGAGAAGUGGCAUCUGGCAAACGGAAACGCUAUGCGGGGGAAUCGUUUAAUUGUUCCAUUAUGUGAAAAAACAGUAUAAAAGACAAGAGGCGUGUCUUUGGUUGGACAGAGAAGGGAGGAUCAUGCCUUGUGGUAGACGACGCCGACAGCAACGAGGGGGUAUUCUCCAGCUCCUCCUCCCUAUUGCCGUUGGGGCAGCCAUCGCCUUGAAAAAAAAGAACAAGAAAAAAGUGGGCAAGAUCAGUGCCAAGCAACAGGCUUUCCUUCAACGACGGGUUCAGCGGAUGUUAGGUCGAACGGGGUGGGGCGGGUUUAAAACACUGAGAAAGCUAUAAAAGACACGCUGGGUAGGGACCCAGACAUUAUUGGAGGAUGGUCCGUGGACCCAAUGGACGCCGACACCGUUAUGUCCCCCGAAAACGACGCCGUCGACGUGGUCUGCAACGCGGAGGUAGGCUACCGCUGUUGGCAAUGGCUCUCUCGCCUUUGUGGCUCCGAAAAUACAAACCCAGGGUCCGUCUUCGUCGACCAGACUAGACCCCCUCGCAAGACCAUCACGUUGACGUUAGAGUGGACGGAGGAGAUCGAGGCCGUGUUGUGUCAACGAUGUCGACGUCAUAUGCAACGGCAUUCUCAUGGAGAAUUGUGUCGUUCAUGCGGAACCCAAUUUACCAUAAAUAGAGCGGGGUCGUGGCAAUUUCUGAACCUUCAGCAUGGCGUGGCGCAUGGAACGUCAAGCCCCGUUCUUGAAAAGUGUCUUACAAGAAGCCAAUCAACAUAAACGACAAGAAUUGUUGCGGAUGGCGAAUGCGGAUCAGAUUAAUGCCAUCAGUGAAUUGGUGAUGAACACGCUCCGUGGCACCGUGCCCCGUUCUCGACAUACCAUCACGUUGCUCAAACCUCAUGCCCAGAGUUUACGCGCCAUGGCCAAACCCGCGCAUUCGGUGAAACGACGGCGCGCUAUCAUGAUGGCUCAAACCGGCGGCGCCCUCUGGCCUGAACUCUACCGAUGUUAUAAACGUUGCAUGCGCUAGACAAGACACCUCAGUUGCACCAUGGAACCCGAGAUGGUGAGCACCACAGUGGACAACGCCCCUGCUUUUUUACAAUUAAAAGAAAAGUACAAACAAGAAUUGGUGGAAGACACUCGCUUGAGUAAAGCCGCGGAUUUGGCGGCCAGACAACAUGUGCUCCUGACCAGUGAGGUCCCGGAUGCCUGGAAACGACCGCAACUCAAAGCCGUGAGCCGUCAAUUACGCCAUUGGACCAAAAAAGUGCGCCAACCCUUUGGAGCGCCCGCGGGGGGUGUGCGCGCUGCAGGGGCUGCCACACCCGGCGAGGAUGAUGAUUUUGAAGCGGGGCCUAUGCAAGCGUGGUUCACGCAAUUGGUCAAGGCCAGCAAAGUUAUAAAACAAGGGUCCACGCCGGCUGGACCCAGAAAACCACCUGUCCCGCCUAAACCGAACAUCACCCCCAGUGCUAAAAAGAAACUCAAGUUUACGCCUCAACCGAGCAGCGCUGAGUUGGCGAAAAAGUUGCCUUUUUCAGACACGAUUGGUACAGAACCCUGGGAUACCCCCAGUGAACGGGCGGACACCAUUGCGAAAUCGGUCAGGCGUGAUAUUCGCAAACGCACGACAGACUCUGCCAAAAAGAAAGCCGCCAGUAUCGCCAAAAAGAAAGCCGCUGGGUGGGCCAAGAAAGCCUUGGAUUGGAAAUCGUGGAAAACCCCGUGAUGGGACGGAGACAUCGUGUGGCAGCUACCUCCCGUGCCCGAUCGAGGCGACGCCAACGACGAUCGCAACGCGGGGGCAAGUUAUUUGAUGUGCAAAACCUCCUCAACAAGACGGGUAUUGAAUUUCAUUGGCCCGGCUAUCAGUAUAUGGGCCCUGGCACCCAUUUGAAAAAACGUUUGGCCCGUGGGGAUCCCGGCAUCAACCGGUUAGACAGGAUUGCGAAAGUGCAUGACAUGGACUAUGACAAAGCCAAGACUUUGAAAGAUAAAUGGGUGGCGGAUCGCAAGAUGAUUGCCAAGAUUGAUCAACUCCCUGGUAGUAAAACCCUGACGGAGCGUAUUGUGAGACGCAUUAUGAAAACUAAACUGAGAUUGGGCAUGUAAUUAAGUGGAACACAAUCAUCACACGAUGGAAUGAUUUAAACACAUGUUUUAAUAAAACUCACAUUGUUCUUACAGAUAUUGUUGCAAUUGUUGUAAGGCGUUGGAACGAGUCGAUUGGACAGGGUCCUCGUCAGAUUCGGAGUCGGACCAGUCUAGCGGCCACCACGGGAGGGGAAAGGGACGUUCCAAAUGUUCGACCAAGCGUUGAUUUUGUGUGGACUCCAUCCGCUUCCGAUAUUUUUCUUUCUGCAACGCUCUCCACCCAUCCUCCCCCAAGGCUUGCUGUUUUUCGGCCCGGAGUUGUCGCCGCCGUUCAUUCACGCGUUCUUUGUAGGCUUCGAAGGUUCCUUCCUCCUUCAUUUUUGCCAUCCAGUUUUUCUGGGCUUGGGCGUUCCGGCGUUUUACUUCACUCCGUUUUUCCUCGGACAUGGCAUAAUAGCGUUUCAUCCCAUACUCUAGUUUUUUGGCUUUAAAGGCCUCGUACUCCCCUUUGGCUUUCAAGUUUGCCAUGUGCUGGUGGUAGCGUCGACGAUGGAGGGCCUUUACUUUCUCGAUCCCGUUCACGGAUGCAUACUGACGUUUCCGAUACAGUUUUUGGGUCCGUUUGUUGGCCUCGGGGUCCCUCUUUUUUCGGCGCGAUGUGGGCGUAUCUAUAAUUUAAUUCCAGUAAACGGGAAGAACACACGUCCGCCAAGGCUCGUAACUUUCGGAAUGGACUCUCUCUGGUCUGUCUCUCUCUGGCACGACGGUCCCGUUGCUGUUGCACAAUCUGUUCGCGGUGUUUGUGGUAGUAAUCUCGGUUCAAUAGACGCACGUAGGCCGCGUUUUUCGUUCGGUACCGCAGACAGGCCAGUCGGUUGAGUUCUCGGGCUCGCGCUUCCUGUUCGGGGGUCGGCGCUGGUUUAGGUGGUUUGGGUGGUUUCACCUUUUUCUGAGCCGCUCGCUUUUCCCGUUUCUGCUGCAACAAUCUUUCCUUAUUCCUGAUGUACCACUCGUGUUUCAAGCGUUUCUUCUCUUCAGGAUUUUUGUUAGGCAUUCUCAAACGCAACUGGCGUCUGUUCUGAACGACCGACUUUAUCUAAGGGAUUCUCCGCCAAUCACGGAUCUCGGUCCAGGUUUAGAGGAGAUGGAAGGAGUCUGUACCCAUGGGGGGGACCCCCCUUAAUCUUCUUCUGGUCAAUCAAACCCCCUCACCUGACUCUCACCUGAGCUGGGUCCACCAAUCCCAGUGCAGGCGAGAUCACGUGAGAAGGUCUAUAAAAGUCCACGUCCAGCGCGGGAAAAUUCAAAUUGUUGCCGCUGUCAUGGCGGAGGCGUAUCCAUUCAGUGACGAUGACGAAGGGGAUGCUCUAUUGGACCGCGCCUAUGAUCGGUGGGAACAGUUGGGAGGAGCUGCUGCCCGUGGCCCUCUCUUUCAAUUCAGUAUGCAACCUAUUGGUCGACGACGCCGCUGGCGUGAUGUAGUGGAGCGGGCGCAAUUCAAUGCGCAAUUACGGCAAUUGCGGGAUCCUGUCCCUGGAGAUAAUAUUGGGUUGGCGUUGACCGAAGCACUCCAUCAAGCCAUUGAAAGAGAACUGGGCCGCGAGCAGCGACCUGCCCAUCAUUUUGUGAAUUUUGCUAUUACAGCGCAUGGGUUCACUCAUGCUUAUCAAACAGCCAAUUUUACCGUGGGGGAAUUUUUACAACGUACCGCCCGUUUGGAUGAAAUGUUAGCGACGUUAGCCGGCAAGUUGAAUAGCAAUGAAGCCUUCAACCCCGAUCGCGGUUUCCAAGUGGAUGUGGUGUUUGUGUCUAUGCCUGGUCCAGGGUCUGGUCGACAUAAACAACGCAAUGCAGGACGUCUAUGCCUGGAUCGAGAAAACAAGAAAAAAAAAUGUAUUAUCACCAUUCGAAACAGAGAUGCCCUAUGCUGUGCCCGCGCUAUCGUCACCAUGCGUGCCCACUGCCAUAAAGAUCAAGGGGUGGAUGGGUUUCGCGACUGGGACAAUCUCAAACGUGGUCGACCUGUGCAGCAACGUCAAGCCCAAGCCNAAGUUGAAUAGCAAUGAAGCCUUCAACCCCGAUCGCGGUUUCCAAGUGGAUGUGGUGUUUGUGUCUAUGCCUGGUCCAGGGUCUGGUCGACAUAAACAACGCAAUGCAGGACGUCUAUGCCUGGAUCGAGAAAACAAGAAAAAAAAAUGUAUUAUCACCAUUCGAAACAGAGAUGCCCUAUGCUGUGCCCGCGCUAUCGUCACCAUGCGUGCCCACUGCCAUAAAGAUCAAGGGGUGGAUGGGUUUCGCGACUGGGACAAUCUCAAACGUGGUCGACCUGUGCAGCAACGUCAAGCCCAAGCCCUCCAUCAGCAAGCGGGCGUCGCCGAGGGUCCCUGUGGUUUACCCGAGCUUCGCCAGUUUCAACAGGCAUUAGGGUCUCAAUAUCAACUCUUGGUGAUGACCCGGAUGAAACCCUUUUUUCUCAUCUUCAAAGGCCCUGAUGCACCUCAUCCGAUACGUUUAUUGAAAUCCGAUGAUCAUUUUGAUGGCUGCACGUCCUUUCCUGCGUUUGUCAAUCGCUCCUAUUAUUGCCUGGACUGUGAACGAGGGUUCAACAACAACGAUCGGACCCAUCACACUUGUCAAGGGAGACGCUGCAAAGCGUGUGGUCGAUUUGAUUGUCCAGAUUAUGUGCGUGGUACCCGCCCUACGGAGUAUUGCCCCUUAUGUCAUCGCAAGUUUUACGGCAGCCAAUGCAAACAUCAUCAUGUGGUCACUAAACAAUGUCAAUCCCUCAAAACCUGUCUCAAGUGCCAGGCCCAGUACACCGUCGUCCCUAACCAACGUCAUCAGUGUGGGUACGCUAAAUGUCCCGUGUGUCACGAAUGGGUGUCCAUCCAAUACCAUAAGUGUUACAUUCAACCCGUGGUCGAGAAUGAGGAAGAAGAACCCACAGAGGAGGGGGGAGGUAGCAUGGUGGCGCCACCCCCUCCCCUGUUUGUUUACGCCGAUUUUGAAGCCAUGCAGAAUGCGGAUGGCGUGUUUGUAGCCAAUUUGUUGUGUUAUUCAUCCAGUGAAGAAACGACCAUUCAUGUGUUGGACGGGGAAGACUGUGCUCUCCAAUUUUUGCAUGAUUUGGAUGAUCUCGUGGCUCUCCCGGACACAGAGGGCGAGCGGGAGAUUCUCGUGGUGUUUCACAAUUUGAAAGGGUUUGAUGGCAUGUUUAUUUUGCAUGAACUGUACCAGCAACAACGCGAGGUGGUGGAUCAACUGACGGUGGGCGCCAAAGUCUUGUCUUUCAAGAGUGGACCCCUCAAAUUCAUUGACUCGUUGUGUUUCUUGCCCAUGUCGCUGGCUUCGUUUCCCAGCACCUUCAAUUUGACCGAAUUAAAGAAGAGCUUCUUUCCGCAUUUGUUCAAUACCCCGGAUCAUCAACAGUAUGUGGGUCGCAUCCCCGAUUUGGAAUUUUACGAUCCCGAGGGCAUGAUGACCAAAAAGAAAGACGAACUGACGCGUUGGCAUGCCGAUCAAGUCCGUCGUAACGUGCGUUUUGAUUUCCGUCAAGAAAUGAUCGAGUACUGCAAAUCAGAUGUGGCUCUGUUGAAAGCGGGGUGUGAAGCUUUUCAGCAAGAAUUUGAACGGCAGGCUGGCUUCAAUCCUAUGGCCAAAUGCGUCACCAUCGCCAGUGCCUGCAAUCUCUAUUGGCGCAAGCACCAUUUGACCCCCGACACGAUCGCUGUCGAACCACUCGGGGGUUGGCGAGGGGCCCAAGUCAAUCAAUCGCUCAAGGCCCUGCAAUGGCUGUACUACCAAGAACACCUUCUUCCCAAAGAGGGAGCCAGUGCCGAUCGCAUUCGACACGUCCGGAAUGGGGGCGAGCAGUUUGUCCGGACCCUCGUGAACAGUUAUUUUGUCGAUGGGUACGAUCCCUUGACCCGAACCGUCUACGAAUUUCAUGGGUGUCUCUAUCAUGGCUGUCCCAUUUGUUAUCCCAUGAGAAACGCCAAACAUUAUGCCACACCGGAUCGAAGCGUGGAGGAACUCUAUCAGGCCACGCUCUCCAAACGUAUGGAUCUCCUCCGAGCGGGUUACACAUUGAUUGAAAUGUGGGAAUGUGAAUGGGACAAGUUGGUGGUCACGGAUGAAGCUGUCCAACGUUUCCUGAAUUCGUUUGAUUUGGUGGCACCCUUGGAACCCCGUGACGCCUUUUUUGGGGGUCGCACCGGUGCGGUGGCCCUGCAUGCCGUGGCUGAAGAGGGGGAGGACAUACGUUAUGUGGAUGUGACCUCCCUGUACCCAUGGGUGAAUAAGAACUGCCCUUACCCUAUCGGUCAUCCCAAGAUCAUUACCCAACCCUCUGACCAGUCCCUGGAGUCUUAUUUUGGUCUGGCGACCGUGGACAUUCUGCCUCCCGCUGGUCUAUUCCACCCCGUCUUGCCUGUACGUUGUGGUCAAAAACUUACCUUUCCUCUCUGCCGUGCCUGUGUCCAGACAGAACAAGCCCAACCCAUGUUGACCCGAACCCAGUAUUGCCCUCAUUCGGAUGUGGAUCGCACGCUACGCGGGACCUGGUGCACGCCCGAACUGGUCAAAGCUGUGGAAAAGGGGUAUACCCUGAUCAAGAUCCACGAAGUCUGGCAUUUUCCCCCUGAGCAACGUCAAACGGGUCUUUUCGCGGAUUACGUCAAUACUUGGCUCAAACUCAAACAAGAAUCCGCGGGGUGGCCUAGUUGGUGUCAGACCCUUGAGCAAAAACGCGAGUACAUUCUUCGCUACCAGGAACGGGAGGGGAUCCGAUUGGAUAUUGCCAGUAUUGCCAAAAAUCCCGGUCGCAAGGCCACGGCCAAGCUCAUGCUGAACAGUUUUUGGGGCAAGUUUGGCGAGCGGAUGAACAAACCUACCACCGUCACCGUUCAAAACCCCGCCUAUUUGUUCAAUCUCAUCUCUGAUGCUGCCCUCGAUCUCAGUACCCUCCGUCUCUGUACCGACGACAUUUUGGAGGCCGUUUACACCAGUGUCCAAGACAAUGCCGUCAAAGGCACCAAGACCAAUAUCUUUGUGGCGGCCUUCACCACGUGCCAUGCCCGAUUGAAGCUCUACGAGUCCCUGGACACCCUUCAACAACAAGUGCUUUACUACGAUACCGACAGUGUGGUGUACAAGUGGCGUCCGGGUCAACCCUCUAUCACCACGGGCGAUUUUCUGGGGGACAUGACCGAUGAAUUGGACGGAGACGUCAUCACUGAGUUUGUAUCGGGGGGCGCUAAGAAUUAUGGGUACACGACCCGUGGAGGUAAAGUGGUGUGCAAGGUCCGCGGUUUCACCCUGAAUGUUCGGGGGUCGGCUAUUCUUAAUUUUCACACCAUGAAAGAGAACAUUCUCUCGGAACUAGACUCGCCUCAGGACGCUCGCCGGAAUUUGAACAUUGUCACCCCUUAUCAUUUCACACGUGAUCUAGAGAAGAAACAAAUUCAAGUGGUUCCGCGCGUGAAGCAGUAUGGGUUGGUGUUUGACAAGCGCGUCAUUGAUGUGUCGACUCGAUCCAGCUUUCCCUAUGGCUACGAGAAGAUUGGGGAUGAACUCGAUCUGCUAUUAGAUUUGUAAGACAUAAAAAUGGGCGUGACGUCACUAGGACCUCACACACGUCCCACUUGUACCCAGGUUUUACGCGGUAUGGUCAAUAAAACUAUGCCAAGUAUGUGGAUCCACCUCUUGUGUGUGUGGUGUUUUUUCCCUAUGGGGUCACGUGACUUUGAUGCCCAAAUAUGGGCAUGGCGACGUCAUCUUGGUCACAUGGGCUCUAUGCUCGAUUCUGAUUGGUCGAAAAAAAUUUUGCUGCGCUCUGAUUGGUUGGGCCCUACUGUAGCCUCCAUCACUACUGACGUGGUAUUUGAACAGGCUUUCAGCUGGCAAUCAUUCGUGUAUUUGACUUCGAGGGACUUAUUUCCAGCUGCUUCAUUAGCUAAUAUUUCAUUGAUUUCGUUAGAGAGGUUACACGCAACACUUUUCCCCUUUAGGCACUGUCUUAUUGGAAGGCGGGUUUACCUUACCACUAUUUGUUGUAGUUGGUUGUUCUCCUUGACUUUGUCAUCUGUGUUUUCUCUUCUUGAUUUGCGCGAAUCGCCGGCUUUUCCGUAUGUAUUUGCAUCUUACAUUUUUCUCUCCCUUCUCAUUCUCACAGUUUCAUAUGUCAUAAUUAUCUCAACUGUCAAAAACAAUCCUCCCUCCCCUAAUGCUGGACCAGCGCUUUCAAAAGAAAGGAAACUAACGAUGACCUUAUUUACAGUUUCUGCGGUCUCUGUUCUGACCAUUCUUCCUUGGGUUAUUUGGAUUGUUAUCGAACUUCACAUACAGAGUAAAUUAUGUCCUGCAGUCUUUUUUCGCAUCUAUUGCUCGUUUAAAGUAAUUUAUUUUUUCAAUUCUGUAGUCAAUCCCCUAAUAUAUGGAAUAAGAAUGCAAGAGUUUAGGAAAGCAGCCAGA